GCUAGUACCUUGCCCUGUCCUGGUUUCACACCUUUCACUGUGCCUGGAAGUGGGGCUGACUCGUGGAGCCUCCCCCCCCCACCGCUCUGUUCCUUGAGCCUUGGGGUGUGAACUCUGGUCCUGCCCCUCCGAAGCUCCGUCCUGACCCCCAGCUUUUGCUUCGCGAAGGAAGUGGAGAGGGAGGAGGCUGGCCGGACCCCUGCCAUUGACAGAUUUCAUCCUCCUGGAAUCUUGCACUUUGAACAGCGGGAUUUACACCACUGAGCUGGAGGAGCAACGAGGGGGAAGAUGUCCGAGUCACGGGUGAAGCGGCUGGCCACCACGCUGAUGGAUGCCACGACCGAUAAAGAUCCGCUGGUCCAUGAGCAGAUCUUCAGCGCGCUGUGUUACUUGGGAGGGGCUGAGCCGGAAGAGAUCUUAAACGCCUGCGAGGAGUAUUUGCGGCAGCNCUCUCAGCUGGCUUACCCCCAUCGCAUCAUCAUCCUGAGGGCCAUGGAAGCUGUGGUGAGGAACAGCCUGCCCCGCUUGGACAAAAGAACUGCGAGGAUCGUCAUCUUCUUGGCCUCCAACGAAAUGACCAAAUCCAAGGAGGUGGUCCACGACUGGCAGCAGGCAGCCAGCAACGUCCUGGUGGCUGUCGGGAGGCGCUUCAUCAACCGGGUGAUGGAGGAGGUGCUGACCAAGUUCCAGCCGGGCAUCCUGCCUCACUACUUUGUCGUACAGACGUUUGCCAACCUCUCUGUGGCCAACGUGUUUGGGAUGGUGCCUUUCCUGAACUCCAUCCUGGGGACGAUGCUGCCCAUGCUGUCGAUGGCCAAGCACGACAGCCUGCGAUCGGUCUUCUGCUACGCUUUGCAGUCCUUCAGCGAGAGCAUCCAGGAGUACCUGGCGAACCUGGACAAGGCGCCGGAUCCCACGGUGAGGCGCGACACCUUCUCCAGCGAGAUCUUCAGCGCCUUCGAAGUGCUUUUCAACAGCUGGCUGCAGAGCCGGGAGGCCAAGCUGAGGCUGGCCGUGGUGGAGGCCCUGGGGCCCAUGAGCCACCUCCUGCCCAGUGAGAAGCUGGAGGAGCAGCUUCCACGUCUCCUCCCGGGCAUCCUGGCCCUCUACCGGAAGCCGGCCGAGGCCUACUAUGUCUCUAAGAGUUUGUGUCAGAUCCUGGAGGCGUCCGUCAACAUUGGCAGCCGAGCUCUGGAGGUGCAGCUGGACCCCCUCCUCGGCGUGCUACAGCUCCAGAUCUGUGCCCCUCUGGAUUCGUCCCUGCCGGUCCCUUUGAAGAACCACAACGAGGUCCUUCGCUGCUUCACUGUGCUGGCCACGUCAUUCCCCGACCGCUUGUUGGGGUUCCUGCUCCCGAAACUGGAGUCUGGCAACGAGAGGACGCGGGUGGGGAUGCUGACCAUUCUGCGGCAGAUCAUCAACAGUGCCUCCUCCCAGAUGGAGAUCAAGAAGCCCUUCAUCCUUUCUGCCAUGAAGCUGCCUCUGCAGGAUAACAGCAACAAAGUCAAGCGGGCAGUGGUCCACGUGAUCAGCGCCAUGGCCCACCACGGGUACCUGGAGCAGCCGGGCGGAGAAGCCUUGAUUGAGUUCCUGGUCCGCCAGUGCGCUCUUCCUGUUGGCCAGUCCCCGCAGCCGCCCCGGAGACAUUCGCUGGAGACUGAGGAGCUGACGGACAGCCACGUCCGGGACAUCAGCGUGAACACGCUCUUCCUCAUCAGUACCACGGUCGACAGGAUGGCUGACGUCCUUUGGCCCUACCUGCUGGGCUUUGUGACUCCCGUCCAGCUGUCGGGCGCCCUCACCCCGCUCUGCAGGAGCCUCCUCUUCCUGGCUGCGCAGAGGCACGAGGAGGAAGGGGAAGACUUCCUUCUCCCUUACGACCCGAACGCUGGCCUCCCAUCCCCUCAGGCUCUCCUGGCAAGGCUGCUGGUGGUGGCUUCCCAGCCUUUCCUGGGGGAGGGCCGCGGGGCCGCCUCCCUCCGGCUCCUCCAGGUCUUGCAGCCGAGCAUCCACAAAACCCUCAAGCCGCUGUGGAGCGCGAGGGUCCCGGCCCUGGUCGAGCACCUGGAAGCCCCCGCGAAGGUGCCUCUGGCCCAGAAGGAGUGGGAGGAACAGCUGCUCCAAUUCCUGGAGGAGACCCUGACCACUCUUUCCGACCCCUCGUGGACUUGCCAGCUGAUUCUGGAAAUGUGCGGGCAGUUGAGCAGCUACAACGGAUUGCCUGUGGAGAAGAACUUCCUCUACAAGGGGAUUGGGACCGCGCUGGCCACCUGCGAGAACAAAGACCUGGUGCGGAAACAGCUGCAGGAGCUGCUGGAAACGGCCCGCUAUCCGGAGGAGUCGGAAAGGGAGGGCCUGGCCUCCUGCCUGGGCUUGUGUGCAAAGAGCCACCUGGAUGAGACCCUUGCCAAGCUGGAGGAGUUUGUCAGGUCGGAUGUCUUCAGAAAGUCUGCGGGGCUCUUCAGCCUCUUCAAGGAUCGCAGUGACAACGAGGUGGAGAAGGUCAAGAGCACCCUCAUCCUGUGCUACGGCUGUGUGGCCAAGCACGCCCCUCGGGAGCUGGUGCUGGCCCGGAUCGAGGACAGCAUCCUCCGCAACAUCUUCCUCUACUUCAAUACCAAGGUUCUGGGAAUAAAGGUAGAAACCAAGGAUCUGACCCUGAAGCUGUGCCUCAUCCGGAGCGUCUGCAUGAUCUGCCGAGCCGUUUGCGCCAACGCCCAGUCCGGCGACUUCAACUUCGCUCGCAAGGCCGAUCUCGUCUUGCAGAUGAUGGAUUUUAUCAAAGCAGAACCCCUGGACGCCCUGAGGACUCCCGUCCGCCAGAAAGCCAUGACGGCCUCCAUGUACCUGGUGGUCCUUGAGCCACCUCUGAGUGAGGCUGAGAAGGCUGAGCUGAUCGAGACCUGCCUUCACAGUCUCCUCCCUGUGCCCCCGCCCGAGGCGCCGAGGGAGAGAGAGGGGCCCGGGCACGAGGCGGCCCUGAAAGAGUCUCUCUGGGGCAACACCCUUCAUGCGCUCAAGGACCUGCUGAAGAGUCUCCUCCAUCGGCACAUGACGCCCCACGGCCUGCAGACCAUGUUUGAGCACCUUAACCCCUGGAUUAAGUCUGCCAAGGAGCACGAGCGGGAGCGGGCCGUGGAAAUCAGCGCCGCCGUGUUGGCUUUCUACCGGGAGAAGCUGAACGUCAGCACGGUGGUCCCUUUCUACAACCUGGGGCUCCUGAUGGCGCUCUUUGCCCCCCGCUGCACCGACUCCCUGGCCGGCGUCCGGCAGCACGCCCUUGACUGCGUCUACUCCCUGCUCUAUGUCCAGAUCUGCUACGAAGGGUUCUCUCAGGAUCACAGGGACGAGUCCAUCGAGAAGCUGAAAGCCAUGAAGCCGGGCCUGAAGGACCCCGACGUCAAGGUCCUUUUCCAGGCCUGUUGCAACAUUGCGAAGGUCAUUGCCAAGCGCCUUCCUCCAGACCAGCUGCUCAGCCUCCUCCUCUCCAUGCUGGAGGGCUUAUCGGAUCCCGACCGGAACUGCUCUCGAGCAGCCAUGGUGAUGAUCAACUCUGUCUUGAAGGAGCGCGGGGCUGUCCUGCUGGAGAAGGUGCCCGAGAUCCUGGAGAUGGUGCACGCCAAACUCCAGCAGGUGGACGAGGAGCUGGUACGGAAGGCGGCCCAGCAGACGGUCUUCAUUCUGGCCUCCCAGCACAAGGCGGCCGUUGUCGCCAGCCUCCUGAGCUACCCGCUGCCCUUGGACAGCUGCACGAGCACCAUGUGGGGGUCCCUGGCCUCGGAGCCCACCCUGACGUCCCAGGUCCUGGAGCUCUUGCUGGAGAAAGUGAACCGGGAUGUUCCCUAUAAGGAGAACAAGUCCUUCUUGCGGGGAAGCGGCUCGGAGCGGGUGGCCACUUUCAUCCCCCUGGCGGCCACAUGUGCGCUGCAUGAGAUCAUGUCUGUCCCGGAGUCUGGGCCGGCCGUGGUGGGCCUGUACGCGGAGCUGCUGGUCUCCCUCCUCCUGCGGGUCAGCUGCACGGUGGGGGUCCAGCCCCCCAGGAACCUCCACUCUGCCGUGGAGACCCUCCAGGCCAUGCUGACCCGGGGGGGCAGCGAGAAGGUGGUCCAGGCCGUGGCUGAGGGCGAGGGCUGGGAGCAGCUCAGGAGCAUGGAGAGGCACCAUGACGGCGUGGCCCUCCUGGCCAGGGCAAUGGCGAAACAUGGGGGCCCCAGGCUCCCCCCAAUAGUGAAGAACCUCUCCCCGAUGUUGAACAGCCUCUACGACAGUCAGCGACUGACCACCACCGCCUUCUUUGCCGAGCUCCUGAGCAGCAACGUGGUGAAUGACCUGCUCCUCCUGGAGGCUGUGAUGGACAGCAUGACCGCCCGGCAGAGGGACGCCUGCACCUCCGUCCGCAUGCUGGCCCUCCGUGGGCUGGGGAACAUCGCCUCGGGCUCCCCGGAGAAGGUGAGGAAGCACGGAGCCCAGCUCUUGGCCUCCAUGAUGAACGGCAUGGACGACAAGGACGACCCCCGGCAGGUGGUGGCCCUGGAGGCCAUGUCCAGCCUGUCCAAGAUCCUGGCCUUCACCGAGGAGCGGGACGUGCGCUCCAUGCUGCUCCACAUCGCCAUCCGGAUCCGGCCCUUCUUUGACAGUGAGAAACACGAGCUGCGCAGGUCCUCCAUCAUCCUCUUUGGGCACCUGACCAAGUUCAGCGCCGGGAGCUGCGAGGAGGCCUUCUUCGAACAGAUCCUGAACGGCCUGGUGACCCUCUUGCUUCACCUGCAGGACCCGAAGCCCGAGGUGGUCAAGGCCUGCAAGUUUGCGCUGCGCAUGUGCGGCCCCAGCAUGGGCUGCUCGGUCCUUUGUGACAUGUUCCAGAACCACCUCCAUGAGGACCGGAGCCUCCACUAUGGCGAGUUCAUGAACGACGUCUGCAAGCACCUGAUGCAGAGUUACCCGGACACCUUCAGCCGCUUAGUGGCCACCAACCUCUUCUACUUCAAGAGUGGCUGGCCGGACAUCCGAGCGGCUGCCCCCAUGUUUGUUGGCUUCCUGGUCCUUCACGUGGACAAAGCGCACAGCCAGCAGCUGGACCUGGACGCGCUGAUUGCCGCCCUCUCGGUGCUGCUGAAGGAUCCGGUGACGGCAGUGCGCGUGAAGGUGGCUGAGACCCUGGGCCGCCUGGUCAGGAUUGUUUGAGGCUCGAGUUGGGACUUGCGAAGCAACAUGGACGCUUUUUCUCUGCCUGCUCUGCCUCCCAUCAGCCCCCGGGGCACGCACCUACCUCUGCAGAGGGCACGGCACGUCUUCCACACCACCCCAAGCGCACCUGGAGCCACACACACGCGCACGCACACAGACACACACCCUCCCCAUUUGCAAAGGGAAGGCCCCUGGGCUGGAGAUGCAGCUGCCCUUUUCUGGGGCAGAGGUUUGCGUGUCUCCUCCAGGAGCACACGGGGGGGGGAACACUUUUCCGUGGGCCUUCUGGUCCAGGCCACAGGCGGGUUCGUGGGCAGCUGCGUCGCCCCUCUCCCCCGCCCCUGCCCUAGAGCGGCCCGCACCCACUCUUGCCUCUACCCAACCAGCACCUUUAGUUUUUCUCCAACAGGCACCCAGCUUCUGCUCUCCGGCGCACCCCAACCGGGUGCCCUGCCCCAGAGUGGGACUUGGGGAGUGGGAUCCAGAAUGGGGUCCUUGGGCACCAGGAAUUAGCAUGACCCCCCCACCCCAACCCACCCUCACCGCUGCACUCACACCCUUUCCCCACCACCUGGGGCAGAUGGGGAUGUCCAAUGGCUCCGGCCCCUUCUCAGCGGCUCCUUCGUUGUUCUUCCCUGUAGGAAUGUGUACAUACAACCAGACAACUUAUUUUUUAAAUAAAUGAUUUUGGCUUCUCA